UCUCUUUCUUAUUUGGUUGACAAUUUUUUACUCCUUCUCUCUUCUUCUUUCAAAAGUAUUCAAUCAUUUUGAUUUUUGAAUUAAUUUUAUCACAGAUCAUCAGUUUCCACGCCAUUUCUUUCACAGAUUCAAUAUUUAUGAUUCAUUUUCUCUUCUUAUUCAUCUCUUCACUGAAAAAUUUCACAUCUAUUGAGAUAUUUUUGUUUCUUAAUUCUUAGUUUUCCAUUCAUUCUUUGUUCUCACCCAUUUAAUGUUCACUACUUAUUUUCUUCUCCUUUUGCAUAAACUGCAUUGCCCCUUUGAAAAAAUCUUCUGGGUUGUCAAGUUGAAAGAUAAAGUUGACUUUUUUAGUCUUUGACUUCAAAUUUUUGGUACCCUUUUGAGUUUUUUUGUUUGAAUAAUGAAGCUUGUGGUUCGUGUGAUUGAGGCAAAGGAUUUGCCACCGACGGAUCCUAAUGGUCUGAGUGAUCCAUAUGUGAGGUUACAGUUGGGAAAACAAAGGUUUAGAACCAAAGUGAUUAAGAAAAAUUUGAAUCCUAAAUGGGAUGAAGAGUUUAGCUUUAAGGUGGAUGAUCUUAGUGAAGAAUUGGUAAUUUCUGUUAUGGAUGAAGAUAAGUUCUUAAUUGAUGACUUUGUUGGUCAACUUAAAGUUCCUAUGUCACUUGUUUUUGAUGAGGAGAUCAAAUCCCUUGGCACUGCUUGGUACUCUUUGCAACCAAAAGGCAAGAAGUCCAAGAACAGGGAAUCUGGUGAGGUUCGUUUGAGCAUAUACUUUUUGCAGAAUACUGCAUCAGUUGAGUCAAAUGUUAAUGGAGAUCUAGUAUUCCAUCCAAGAAAAAUUGCUGAUUCUCCUAUGGAAUCACCUUCAAGGUCUUCUUCCACUAGAUAUUCAAUCUCAUCUUCUCCUGUAAGAGAAGAAGUUACUUCUACUAAGGAUGAAAAAACCGGUCCACAGAAAACACUCACAGGAAGAAUUGCUUAUAUCUUUAAUAAGAGUUCUGAUUUUUCAUCAUCAACCCCAUUGCGUAGAAGCAUUGAUUCAGACCAAUCUGAAAUUAGUAAAGUGGAAGUUAGUGAGGUCAAGAUCGAGGAUCAGUCCUUGGAUGAGACUUUUGAAGAAGCUAUGAAGAAAAUGCAGUCUGCAGAUCAAGGAAGUGAAAUUCCGAGCAAUUUACCAGGAGGGUUGUUUGUUGAUCAACAUUAUAUUAUCGCACCAGAAGACUUGAACAUUUUACUAUUUUCUUCUGAUUCAGAUUUUCUCAAGUCAUUGGCAGAUGUACAGGGUAGUACAGACUUACAAAUCGGACCUUGGAAGUUUGAGAACGGUGGGGAGAGCUUCAAAAGGUUAGUCACUUACGUCAAGGCUCCCAGUAAAUUAAUCAAGGCGGUCAAAGCCUUUGAGGAACACACAUAUUUAAAAGCCGACGGGAAGAACUUUGCCGUUCUAGUCAGUGUCAGUACUCCUGAUGUUGUGUAUGGAAGCACCUUUAGGACCGAAGUGCUCUAUAUUAUCACACCUGGACCUGAGUUGCCAUCAGGAGAGCAGUGUUCACAUCUGGUUAUAUCAUGGCGAAUGAAUUUUCUACAGAGCACCAUGAUGAAAGGAGUGAUAGAAAACGGGGCUCGGCAAGGUAUGAAGGAAAGUUUUGAACAGUAUGCCGGGUUGUUAGCUCAGAAUGUUAAACCCUUUGAUCUGACGGAACUUAAUUCCAGUAAGGAACAAGCUUUGGCAUCGUUACAAGCAGAGCCGCAGUCAGAUUGGAAGCUGGCUGUACAGUAUUUUGCUAAUUUCACGGUAGUCUCAACGGUUUUCAUAGGGUUAUAUGUGCUUGUCCACCUAUGGCUUGCUUCUCCGAGUACAAUUCAAGGGCUUGAGUUUGCAGGGCUUGACUUGCCAGAUUCAAUAGGUGAAUUUGUUGUUUGUGCUGUCUUGGUUCUUCAAGGUGAACGCAUGCUGGGUUUAAUCUCACGCUUCAUAAAAGCCAGAGCACGAAAGGGUAGCGAUCAUGGAAUCAAAGCACAAGGAGAUGGGUGGUUAUUAACUGUUGCCUUGAUUGAAGGAAGCAAUUUAGCUUCUGUUGACUCUGGUGGGUUCUCUGACCCAUAUGUGGUGUUUACUUGCAAUGGAAAAGUAAGAACCAGUUCAAUCAAAUUCCAGAAAUCUGAUCCUUUAUGGAACGAAAUAUUUGAGUUUGAUGCAAUGGAUGAUCCUCCUUCGGUGCUGGAUGUGGAAGUUUAUGAUUUUGAUGGACCUUUUGAUGCAACUACAUGUCUAGGGCACGCUGAAAUUAAUUUUCUAAAAGCAAACAUAUCAGAUCUUGCUGAUAUAUGGGUUCCUCUUGAAGGAAAGUUAGCUUUGGCGUGUCAGUCUAAGUUGCACUUGAGAAUUUUCCUGGACAACACUAGAGGUGGCAAUGUAGCAAAAGACUAUUUAAAUAAAAUGGAAAAAGAGGUUGGGAAGAAGAUUAAUUUGCGGUCUCCUCAAACUAAUUCGGCGUUCCAGAAACUCUUUGUGCUUCCACCUGAGGAAUUUCUCAUCAAUGACUUCACCUGUCAUUUGAAAAGAAAAAUGCCCCUGCAGGGCCGCCUCUUUCUAUCAGCAAGAAUAAUUGGAUUCCAUGCAAAUUUGUUUGGAAAGAAAACAAAAUUCUUUUUUCUUUGGGAGGAUAUUGAAGAAAUCCAGGUUAUUCCUCCAACAUUUUCAUCAAUGGGGAGUCCAAUAAUUGUCAUAACUCUUCGGCAGGGUAGAGGCGGGGAUGCACGGCAUGGUGCAAAAACACAAGAUGAACAAGGAAGGCUAAAGUUCCAUUUCCAGUCCUUUGUAUCUUUCGGUGUCGCACACAGGACGAUCAUGGCUCUAUGGAAGGCUAGAUCUUUGAGUCCUGAACAGAAGGUGAAGUUUGUUGAAGAAGAAUCUGAAACCAAAAGCCUUAUUAGUGAAGACAGUUGCCCCUUCCUUGUCGUGGAUGAUGUCAGCAUGUCUGAGAUUUAUUCUUGUUCACUUCCAAUUCCUGCAAAUUUCCUCAUGGAGAUAUUUAGUGGGGGUGAGGUUGACCGCCGGGUCAUGGAAAACUCCGGUUGUCUUAAUUACUCUUAUACCCCUUGGGUAUCAGAGAACUGUGAUAUUUCAGAGAGGGCAGUAUAUUACAAAUUUGAGAAGCAUGUUUCAAGUUAUAAAGGCGAAGUGACAAGUACUCAGCAAAGAUCUCUCCUUUCGGAUGGAAAGGGUUGGCUUGUGGAAGAGGUUAUGAAUCUUCACGGUGUUCCUCUUGGUGAUCAUUUCAAUAUACACCUUCGCUACCAAAUAGAGGAUUUACCCCCAAAAGCAAAAGGGUGUAGAGUGCUAGUAUUAUUUGGUAUUGAAUGGCUGAAAAGCACAAAGAAUCAGAAAAGGAUUACAAAGAACAUUCUACAAAAUCUGCAGGAACGUCUUAAAGUGACCUUUAGUCUAGCUGAGAAGGAGCUUUUACCUAGAUAGCAAAUGAGACUUAAACAUGGGAGCUAGCUGAUAUCAUGUCAGCACAAGUGUCGGUUCCAUUCACGUACUUUGACUCGAAUAUAUGAUGCAUCAAAUUAUAAGGUUCAUGUGAUUGUGAUGUCUCUCUAUGGAUUACAUGGAAAUCCUAACUUCAUUGAAUAUCAGUGGAACUUUGAUCUGAAUUAGAAUGAUGCUGGAAAUUGUGCUCAUUGGUUGACUCGCUACCAAGUUUUGUCUUCAAAAUAGAUUACUCAUAGGAGAGAAUACCUGAUUGUUCCAUUGUACAUAACCAUUACUUUGGCAGAAGAUACUCAUUGUAACAGCAGUUACUGGCAGUUCCAAUUUUUGUUUGUUGUGCAUAGUUGACUGCUUAUCACUGGGGUCAGCAACAUGUAUGUAGUAUACUCAUAUAUUUUAAGAUUGUGACAGAUGACAGUCAUAACAAUGAAGAUGUUUUUUUUUUUUUUAAUCCCCUUAGAAGGCCAUGACAUGAAGCACCAUACUUCAAUUUCUUGUUGAUUGAUUUGUUAGAAUAUGAAACACAUUCAUAGUA